ACUUCCUCCAGAAGAUAUUUUUGUGGACAAAGAUGCAGGAGAGACUGGGCGAUAUUAUAUUACUUUGGAGUCAGGUGACAAAUACCUUUGUCGUUAUGGCAACGCCAGUGCCAGCUUGUUAGCUUCUCCUGCUUUUUCUGAGGAAUGUUACUACCAAAACAAAGAUGUUUUAACAGAUAUCGAGAAAAACACCAAACUAUAUCCUUACUACCAUUCUGUGAACUUAAGAUCGCCAGGUUGUGGUCCCUUACCCAAUGUGAGUGCUGGUACCGGCGAGUGGGCGUGUCCUCGGGGGGUUUCGGUGUCCUCAGUGCCAGUGUAUGUGUCCUGUCUGUUUCAAUGUUCGAAUGGUGCUAGCAUCAAAAUCAGGUGUACUGAAAAACUAAAAUGGGACAACAUUUUACAGUCUGGUGUCUGUUCUCCAUAUGUUAUGAGCUAUAAGAACUCUGAUCCAUCCACAACAAAUUUGCCCCUGGUAAUAAUACUGUCAAUAGCGUGCCUCAUCCUGAUAAUCUUUAUCGCUGUCCUCAUUGUGCAACGACGUCUGUACAAGAAAUGUCCUAAUCUGAUGAAAAGAAUAUGUGACUCCCCAGAAACAGACAAUGCUUUAAAUGUUCCUGAAAUGCCUGAUCUGGGGUGCGAGAUAGAACCUGGAAGUCAAAAGUGUCCGGAAACAAAUCAGAAAGCAAAGAGAACGAACGAUGUCCAACUCCUUAAAGAUGCCUCGGAUCAAAAUGAUCUGAAUUCAAACACCUCACAGGAAUUUAAUAAAAGGAGAGAUUCUUCCAGCGAUGUAUCUUUGGAUACAAUGAACUCUGAAGCCAGUCGUCGAUACAGUGACUGUAAUUAUAGUCGGGAGACCAAUACCUCAAUUAUACAGAACGAUUGGAGGGAGGGUUCUGAGUACUUUCCACCCCUCUCAUCAUUACCAACUUCUAAUGACAACUCCAUACCUCCAAAAACAGACUCACUCAGAUGUGAACAGCUCGAAAUCACAGAAGAGAAUGUGGCAUUCUUCAAGUGCCCUCCAGAAAGAGCCAGUUCUAUUAAACCAGAUCCCUGUCCAACGGUAGCUGCGGUGCUGGACGGUGCUUUGGAAAACAGUGUCCAGUUUGUAGAUGAUCUGUCAACAUUACUCGAUCCAGAUAAACAAUAUAAAAGUAUUUCCACCUGGCAAGGACUAGCUCAGGAAUUAUUCCGACUUCCUUACAGCAAAAUUGAUGAAAUAAGAUACAAAACAAAAGACCAUUUCAAAGAGGGAGUUUUGCCCUUGCUAAGCUCUCAUGGAUACACUAUCUAUGACGUGACUUCUUAUUUCUACCCUGAACCGUCACGGCGAGUUGACGUCAUCGAGUGUAUUAGGCGAUAUCAUCCAAACUGUCAGAAAUGUGGAGAAAUCUACAAAAAUCUCAAACUUGGAAUGUUGUCAAAAGUAUCAUAACUCAGGAAAUUAUCAAAAACUAUAAAUUGUA